AUGGGGUUACCUGACUUGCCUAGGGAGGAGGAGUCUAUCCAGCUGGACGGGCUGAACGCAGCUCAGAUAAAAGAGAUCAGAGAGAAAUCUGAGAAGCAUGUCUUCCAGGCAGAGGUCAACCGCAUGAUGAAGCUUAUCAUCAACUCACUCUACAAGAACAAGGAGAUCUUCUUGAGGGAGUUGAUAUCCAACGCCUCUGAUGCUCUGGAUAAAACCAGAAUGAUGUCUCUGACCAACGAGGAUGCACUGGCAGCCAAUGAGGAGCUCACCAUCAAGAUCAAGAUGGACAAAGAGAAGAACAUGCUCCACAUCACUGACACGGGCAUCGGCAUGACCAAAGAGGACUUGGUCAAGAACCUGGGUACCAUCGCCAAGUCGGGCACCAGCGAGUUCCUCAACAAGAUGACGGAGAUUGAAACCGAGGGCCAGUCCACCUCUGAGCUUAUUGGCCAGUUCGGUGUGGGCUUUUACUCUACCUUCCUGGUUGCCGACAAGGUGAUCGUGUCUUCAAAGCACAACAACGGCACACAGCACAUCUGGGAGUCUGACUCCAAUGAGUUUUCUGUCAUUGAGGACCCUCGCGGGGAUACGCUCGGCAGGGGCACCAGCAUCACGUUGGUGAUGAAGGAGGAGGCUACAGACUACCUGGAGCUGGAAACCAUCAAGAACCUGGUCAAGAAAUACUCGCAGUUCAUCAACUUCCCCAUCUACAUCUGGGCCAGCAAGACAGAGACUGUUGAGGAGCCCAUCGAGGACACCGAGGUGAAGGAUGACACUGAGGAUGAGGUAGAGGUGGAGGAAGAGGAGGACAAGCCCAAGAAGGUUGAGAAGACCGUGUGGGACUGGGAGCUGAUGAACGACGUCAAGCCUAUCUGGACGAGACCAGCCAAAGAAGUAGAGGAGGAUGAGUACAAAGCCUUCUACAAGACUUUCUCUAAGGACACAGAUGAGCCCCUCUCCCACAUCCACUUCACAGCCGAGGGUGAGGUCACCUUCAACUCCAUCCUGUUUGUCCCCGUUGCUGCCCCCAGGGGCAUGUUCGACGAGUAUGGAACCAAGAAGAACGACUUCAUCAAGCUCUUUGUCCGUAGAGUCUUCAUCACUGAUGAUUUCAAUGACAUGAUGCCCAAAUACCUGAACUUUGUCAGGGGAGUGGUGGACUCUGAUGAUCUGCCACUGAAUGUGUCAAGAGAAACCCUGCAGCAGCACAAGUUGCUCAAGGUCAUCCGUAAGAAGCCGGUGCGUAAGACCCUGGACAUGAUAAAGAAGAUUGCAGAGGAGCAGUACAAUGAGAAGUUCUGGAAGGAGUUUGGCACCAACAUUAAACUGGGUGUGAUCGAGGACCACUCCAACAGGACACGUCUGGCCAAACUGCUGCGUUUUCAGACCUCCAACAGCGACACGGUGCUGGCCAGCCUGGAGCAGUACGUAGAGAGGAUGAAGGACAAGCAGGACAAGAUCUACUUCAUGGCCGGGACCAGCCGCAGGGAGGCUGAGUCGUCUCCCUUUGUAGAGAGUCUGUUGAAGAAGGGUUAUGAGGUAAUCUACCUGACAGAACCAGUGGAUGAGUACUGUGUCCAGGCCUUGCCAGAGUUUGACGGUAAGCGCUUCCAGAAUGUGGCCAAGGAGGGCAUUAAGUUUGACGAGAGCGACAAGGCCAAGGAGACCAGGGAGGUCCUGGAGAAGGAGUACGAACCUCUCACCACCUGGAUGAAGGACAGCGCCCUCAAGGACAAGAUUGAGAAGGCUAUCCUGUCCCAGAGGCUGACUAAAUCUCCCUGUGCCCUGGUAGCCAGCCAGUACGGCUGGUCUGGUAACAUGGAGAGGAUCAUGAAGGCACAGGCCUACCAGACAGGGAAAGACAUCUCCACAAAUUAUUAUGCAAGCCAGAAGAAAACAUUAGAAAUCAACCCAAAGCACCCUCUCAUCAAGGAAAUGCUGAAACGCAUUUCUACUGAUGCCAAGGACCAGACUGCCUCAGACCUGGCCAUGGUGUUGUUUGAGACGGCCACGCUGCGUUCAGGCUACCAGCUUCAAGACACCAAGGCCUAUGGAGACAGGAUUGAACGCAUGCUGCGGCUCAGUAUGAACGUAGAUCUCAACGAACAGGUUGAGGAGCCAGAGGAGGAGCCUGAAGAGGCGGCAGAGGCUGAGGAAGAAGAAGAAAUUCAAGAUGAGGAUGAAGUGGUAACAGAUAAAGAUGAAUUAUAAAGCAUUAAAUGAGUGUGGGUGUCAUGAUGGACCUAUCCUGGAGCUGAGCCACAACCAAGACCACCCAUGGCUAACCAAGUCCUAGCCUUGAAAUUCAGACUGAAUUUAGCUUCAUUCUGUACGUUUCUCUCCAUUAUCUAUGAAUUAGUCAUUACGACAGUAAAACCAUGUGAUUCAUUCUGGAUAGCCAAGACCACCACCAGCUGGCCAAGAACACCAACGGUCAGUGAAGACUAGCCAGGUCCCAGAUCGGUUUGUGUGGUCUUGCCCAACAGAUCAGGCUAAGUCAAGACAUUGAUGGCCAUUGGCCACCUUUCACUCACUCGGGAAGGUCCUGAUCGGAUUUUUUUAUAAGGCUUUGGUUUUGUUUUGUUGCGUUCCUCAUGAUUGUAAAUUUGUUAAUAUUUCACUGAGCUGUCUUUGGGAAAGAUGUGAUCGAUACUGUCACUUGAUCCCAUUAAAUAAAUAUUUAUUGGGAAAAGAGUGA